CCAAAUUAAGUUGGCAAAAUUAAGAAGAAGAAGACUUUUUAAGCAAAGCAUGAAGUAAAGUUUUCUCCCCACCUGCUCCUCCUCCAUUUAGUCGUCGAACAUCUACCCGAGAUGAAGACAACUCACCGAUUCAAGCGAGUCUCAAAGAAACCCGCCAAGAAAACGACUCUGUCGGCCGAUUCCAAUGGCGUCUUAACGAUUCCCGCCGCAAAAUCCGUGACCAUUAGGGCCAAAUACAAAGCUCAAUCUCGAUCACGGGUCCCAAUUUCACCACUGCCUGUCGAGAAAGUGACAAUCAUGGGUCCCGAUUUUUUCCAAAUCGACGCUCUAGAUCUCGCGCCGCGUCUUCUGGGAAAGUUUCUCAGGAGGGAUGAUGUUGUUCUUCAGAUCACUGAGGUAGAGGCUUAUAGGCCAAAUGAUUCAGCUUGUCAUGGGCGAUUUGGCAUUACAGCAAGAACUGCCCCAGUUUUUGGACCAGGAGGGCAUGCUUAUGUGUAUCUUUGCUAUGGUCUACACACAAUGCUAAAUAUUGUUGCAGACAAGGAAGGAGUUGGAGCUGCAGUCUUGAUUCGUUCUUGUGCUCCUGUUAGUGGAUUAGAGACUAUUCAACAACGUCGAGGUCAGGAAACUGAUAAGCCUGUUCUUCUUACAGGGCCCGGAAAGGUUGGGCAAGCACUGGGAAUUUCAACUGGAUGGUCUACCCAUCCCCUUUACUCUCCAGGUGGUUUAGAACUCUUAGAUGGGCCAGAGCCAGAGAAGAUUCUGAUUGGUCCACGUGUUGGUAUUGAAUAUGCUUUGCCUGAGCAUGUUGAGGCUCUGUGGAGAUUUGCCAUUGCUGGUUCACCCUGGAUAAGUGCUCCCAAAAACACACUCAAGCUCCCCCACUGAUUUGAAACUUCAACCCAGUGUUAUGCUCCUGUUGGGAGAUUUUAUUUUCAUUUUUUUCUCUUUGGGUUGUGGAGUGGGGAAGUAGGAAAGGGUAGAAAAAGAAAGCUAUGGAAAUGUGAAAUAUUUAAAGAAAAGAUUGUCAACCAUGCUAGUCCCAUCCAAUGAAAUCACUCUCAUCGGGUUAUAUGUGGCACCUAUCAUCGUGCCACAUAAAAGCCACUGUUAAAGCAAUUUCAUUGGACGGGAUGGCUGAUGGGAAGAUCACCCCUUUUUUGGGACAAUUUUAAAGGGACAAUCAUUAUGUCACAGCCAGCUUUGAAAUAUAUUGAUUUUACCUUCUUUAAAA